AUGGACUCUGCUCCAACUCAUCCAUCCAACAGCAACCGCAGGACAAUGACGUUGAAUAGGACGCGCCGGAUCACCAUCAAAAAGACCGUCAAAAGAACGGUCACGAAGGUCGUCAAGAAGGUCCUCGGACGGGUAGACUCUCAUCGGGCCUCCGGAGAGAGCAACAACUCCAACAACGAUACCAGCAACCCGACAGCACUCCAAGGCGGUCACAGCGUCACAAGUACAGCUACUGUACCCGUCGCUUCUUCUCGACCACCUCAAGUUUACGAGUCUUUUGCGAGCACAAUGGUCGGCGACUUCAACCCUUGGUCUAGUCAGGAUUUGGUUGGCGAUGAUCUCACAGCAUCACUGUCGGAGCUUGCACCCCUAGACUUUUCCAAUAUCCACUUUCAGGAUGACUUGUUCACCGUCGACAAAACCGAGAUUGCUGAGGCCCAUGAGGGAGAUACUACCAUUACAGACAAAGCCGGCGGUACUGAGGAGCAAGUUAUCCGAGCCGAAGGUGAUACCAUGGACACCGGGAGCGAAACUACUGAUAUCAAGGAGAUUGCCACCGAAACUGACGAUAUCGAGGUGGAUCUCUCCCCUGCGAAGCGCCACAAGAAGGACUCCAGUUACCACGAAACUUAUCCAUCUCCAGCUUCCAGUGGCUUGAAGCGCAAUCGACCUUCACAAGCCAACCCUCGAUCCUCCACUACCUUCCCAAACGACCAGCCAGGCAUCCACUCAGCUCGAGGGAUCUCAUUUAAUCCGUUCAAUCACACGUCCCCUUCAAGAGUUAUUCGCUCCGCUCAAAAGAAAUGGAUCCCUUCCCAUACCCAGAGGAUCAGUCAUGGACGACCUCGUGGAUUUGCUUCUCCUACACAAACGUCGCCGCGCCACAUUCUUGCGAAAGAGUUGGAGGAUAGCGAUGGCGACAUCAGUAUGUUCGAGCAAGACUGUCCCACUGUCCCAUAUUUCACGACCGACAGAACAGUAAGGAGCAGUAUGCCUGUUUCGGACCAAUACAUAACCAAGGACAAUGCCUCCUCAAUCCACUCCAACUAUAGCAUACCCUGUCUUUCCUCUUCAUCGCCGUCCAUCAGUUUCGUCUCCUCUUCCUCUUCCUCGUCCUCAUCGCCCUCUGUCAUCCAGAAUAUCCGAUAUCAAGACAGUCAGGAGAGCUCAACUUGUAGCCUGCAAGACAAUACUACCAGGGUCUCUCAAAACGACGGACCAACACUUUGUCGCUCAUUGCUGCCAUUGUCCGACCUGGACAAGACCAACGAAACCCAGGAUAAGUUGGGACUGGAAACAGAGAGGCACACCCACAACAUUGACAUCUUCAACACCCUCCUCAACAUCCAUUCCUGGAUUGUCAAGGUUUCACAGCAGCUCUGCAAGCUCGGCCUCGAUUCAAGUCUCCCAAUCCUCCCUUUUCUUUCAAACUUGACGGCCUCGUCUAGCGAAGAGACUGCUACGGAUACUACGCCUCCACCCCUGACCGGCAGAGAUCGACCUCCGUUGACACUGGCAGAUCUUGAAUCACCAGAAGGAUACCAGGAUCCGCCGAUCAAUCUGAACUCCAAACACGAUCAGAAGCAUGCGGCUAGACCCGAGCAGCUUUCGAGGCGUAUCGAUCGAUACACACAGGGUCAACAUCAGCAGGAACCCAAACUUCACGACAUGUGGGCGCAGCACGUCGGGUUCCCGGAGUUUGGAGAUAAGGUUGCUCCAAGUGACCAUGCGCAGGACAAUCGCCAGCAGGCUUUGAGCCCGCGAGACGGACAGUUCUUCUUUCCUCCCGGAUUUGAACUGUGGGCUUAG